GAGGGCGCCCAGUCCCCGACUCUGGGCGGCUGCUCCCUCCCCAGCGCGCGGAGCUUCCCUGGUAACCGGGGAGACUGGUUGCUAGGGAAACACGCUCACCCACUACCAACAUGGCCUGCCUUACGGCGUCAUGCCAGAAACUAAGUCCUUCCUCGUGAGCCAUCUUGGAGUCUGGCAAGACUCACGUUCGGGGGCUGAACCAGCCGGCACACAGAACGGGAAAACGAAGCUCCAACUCCUGUUCGGACCUACGGGAAAGGCGGGCCGGCUGCAGUAAUUCCCGCGCCCCCCGCCCACGGGGCUGGGAACGCCCUGCCCUUAGCCAAGAUGGCCGCCGAGGCGCCAACGCACUAUGAAAUAUGGCAGCGCUUCCGGCCCCGCUGCCCUCAGCGAAGAUGGCGGCAGUGGACAAGCGGCGGCCGGCGGCGGCCCAGGCGGCCAGUUUCCCAGACAGCGGCCGGCCGUCGGUAUCCCGAGCGACGGCAACAGCCGAAAGCGAGGAGGAUUUCCUGCGGCAGGUCGGCGUGACGGAGAUGCUGCGCACAGCCCUGCUGAAGGUACUGGAGGCGCGACCCGAGGAGCCGAUCGCUUUCCUGGCGCACUACUUCGAGAACAUGGGACUGCGCUCGCCGGUAAACGGAGGCGCCGGGGAGCCUCCGGGCCAGCUCCUGCUGCAGCAGCAGCGCCUGAGCCGCGCGCUGUGGCACCUUCGCCUGGCUCAUCACUCCCAGAGGACGGCCUUCAACAACAAUGUGGGUGUGGCCUACGAGUGCCUGAGUGCCAGUGGGCGCAAGAAGAAGCCGGGGCUGGACGGACGCACCUACAGUGAGCUGCUCAAGCGCAUCUGCCGGGACGGCGAGGCCCCCGAGGAGGUGGUGGCGCCGCUGCUGCGCAAGAUCCAGUGCCGGGACCACGAGGCCGUGCCCCUGGGUGUCUUCCGCACGGGCAUGCUCACCUGCUUCGUGCUGCUGGAGUUCGUGGCGCGGGCCAGCGCGCUCUACCAGCUGCUGGAGGACCCCGCCCUGGCCGUGGCCGACCGCCGUGUGGGCCAGGCCGUGCUGGACACCCUGGAGGGAGCCCUGCAGGCCGGCGACGGUGCCGCGGCGCCCGUCCGCUACCUGGAGGCCGGCUCCCGCCUGGGGCCCGACAGCCUGGCGCUGGCCAUGGACCGUGCUGUGGUGGCGAGGCGACCCAGCAACCCCAUGACGCGGGAGGAGUUCCUGGAGAAAGCGGCCACCCUCUUCAUUGCCAAGGUCAAGCCGGUGGGCUGAACCCCCUCCUCGUACCUUGCCUACCCCCUGCCCAGACUGGGGAGGUGGGCACUGGAUCUGUCUUGCUGGAUCCUGGGUGAACACGGAUCGGGGCAGGGGAAGUGCAGGAAGCCUCCCCACACCCUGCUUCCUGCCUGCAGUGACACCACAGCCCCUUGGUGGGGAGCACAGGACCCCGGGAAAUAGCCCCCUAGCAGUAAUAAAGCAUAAUCCCGAGGCUGA